CCCUUGCAAGCCCCGCUCAGCGCCGCUCCCUCUCUCCCCCUCUAGUGGGCCUCAACCAGUUCUCGGACAUGACCUUCGCGGAGUUUAAAAAGCUGUACCUGUGGAGCGAGCCGCAGAACUGCUCAGCCACCAAGGGGAACUUCCUGCGCAGCUCUGGGCCACAUCCUGACUCUAUUGACUGGAGGAAGAAGGGGAAUUUCGUGACCCCCGUGAAGAACCAGGGUGCCUGCGGGAGCUGCUGGACCUUUUCCACCACGGGCUGUUUGGAGUCUGCUAUUGCCAUUGCCACGGGAAAGCUGCUCUCUCUGGCAGAGCAGCAGUUGGUUGAUUGCGCCCAGGCCUUCAACAACCACGGCUGCAGUGGGGGCCUGCCCAGCCAAGCCUUCGAGUACAUCCUGUACAACAAGGGGCUCAUGGGGGAGGACAGCUACCCCUACCGGGCCAAGAACGGCACCUGCAAGUUCCAGCCCGAGAAGGCCAUUGCCUUUGUCAAGGAUGUGAUCAAUAUCACACAGUAUGAUGAGGACGGCAUGGUGGAAGCUGUGGGGAAGCACAACCCAGUGAGCUUUGCCUUUGAGGUGACGAGUGACUUCAUGCACUACAGGAAAGGAGUGUAUUCCAACCCCCGCUGCGAGCACACCCCUGACAAGGUGAACCACGCCGUGCUGGCCGUGGGCUACGGCCAGGAGGAUGGCACUCCCUACUGGAUCGUCAAGAACUCCUGGGGCCGCCUGUGGGGCAUGCAGGGGUAUUUCCUCAUCGAGCGAGGCAGGAACAUGUGUGGCCUGGCCGCCUGUGCCUCCUACCCCGUCCCUGGGGUGUAGCAGGGUGCCGGGGCUGAGGCUGCGGGGAGAGGCACAGCCAGUGCCACGCCUGCCCCCGGAGCUGUCACCCGCUGGAAGUGUCACCUGCGGGCAGCCUGGCUGGCACCAGCAGCCCAGCUGAGCCUGCCCUCUGCAGCCCAGCCCUGCUGCUGUGCCCGGGCGUGCCUCCAUCCCUCCGGGCCGCCUGGGGCAGGGAGGCCCCACAGGAGCCGAUGCAGAGCUCCCCCGUCCCUCGGGCGGCUUUUCUGCAAGCACCGGGUGUAAAUUUUAGCCAUUCUGAAAUUUACUUUGAAGGCAAUUUCCCCCUUCUUUAAAGGAAGGAUGGGUGAGUGCUGUGAUUUGUACACUUUUAUCAAUUUUGGUGAAAUGCUUGCUAUAUUUUGUAUUAAAAACCAGGGUAUUUUAAUGCACAUAGAGGAGAAACGGGUGAUUUUUCUUUACCUCGCCAGCGAAGACGCCAGAACCUCGGUGCCGAUUCUGAGCGGGGCAGUGAAGCCGCGUGUGGGCAGGGGCACGGCCGUGUUGUUUCACAAUGAAAUCUGUCACUGACAAUAAAGCUGCCUCGUCACCGGA